AUGGUUCGCUCCAUUGACGAGGCUGACAAGCCAGCAAAAGGGGAAAGAAGACUGACACUCAGAAGGAGUCGAAGUGAUUCAGACACAGAGUAUGUUCCUCCCAAGCAUAAAUAUGCUCCUCCUUCAGAAUCUGAAAGCGAAAGCUCCGAUGAUGAGGCUUCAGGUCGUGGUGAUACCCCGCCUCACUCCCCUACCCUAGAAAUUCCAGUUCGCUCCCUACCUCCUUCUCCUCCACCUGUUACUAUCCCAGUAUUCAUCCCUCCUAUAUUUCCUAUCCCUACAUCUCAACCAUCAACCUCAACUCCUAUCCCCACUCCAAUCUUCACAGACACUACCACUACCACCACUACUCAUUCUACAGCUCCCACCCCACCUGUUACAACCGAACCACCAGUAACAACCGAACCUCCUGUUACUACCAAACACUUAUCACCUACACCUUCUACUGACACCGCCCCAGUUCUAGGCGGUGAGGACUGGGAAUUUGAUUCCACUUAUUUCAGUCCUUACUGUGUACAGAGUGAUGAAGACGACGAUGAACCGGUAACCAAGCGUCAUCUCAAAGCAGUCAAUGACAAACUCGAUCAACUGCUCUCUUCUUCUUCAUCUGGAGCCUAUUAUGAUGCUGCUUUAAAGGCUUUGUUCUCCGCUGUCGUUCAAGAACAUAAUGCCUCUCUUUCUGCUGCAACUAAGGCUAUAGACGCUUCCACUUCACAAUGCCAGAAAGCCUCCCUUGUUUUUGAGGCUUCCACAAAGGAGUGCAAAGAAGCGACCGCAAAAGUCGAUAAACUACGUUCUCUUCAAGCUGAACGGUCUAACCUUGAAGCUACUCGUCAAGCAAUCGAGGCAGCCAAUACCACUCUGCUCGACAAUGUCAAUGAUCUAUUGACUCAAUUGAAGGCAGAGUUGGCUGUUGAGAAUCGCAUCAUGGAUGAACUCGACAAAAGAACCUCUCAGCUGAAGAUGCAGAAUCUCAAACUUCACACUGCUACAGCCGAACUCAAUGACUUGAAGUCUGAGAGGGAGGAUAUUGAAGCUUCGGUCAGUAAUAGAGACAAGAAGAAGAAGAAAAUUGGGGAGGAUGACACUGAUAAUGAAGAUGAUGUCUAUGCUGAAAAUCCCGAAAAGCCUUUUCAGAGGACAAAACCUUCUGAUAAAGAGCUUGAAGAAAGGUUCAAGAAACAAAAGGCUGAGCUGGAGCAGAAGCAAAAGGAAAAAGAGCUCCUGGAAAAGAAGAAGUCCAUUUUUCCUGAAUGGACUCUUGAUUCGCUUCAAAGGUGUGCCAUUGAUGAGCCAAGCACACUUUGUCUUGAGCAUGUGAUGUCGUUCGGGCUUGAUAACUCCAAGGAUGCACAGUUUGACAUGCCGAUCACGCAAAAGGCAUUCAUCUUUCAUUGCUUCAACUCAACUGUUUCCAUCCCGUCUCCAGACCCGAAAGUCGAUAGGGAUCUGUUGCAGUUCUAA